AGAACUGUAUGUUUGAGGGGUUCAAUAUGAAGAGCUUAAAUAUUUUGGGUCAAACCGAUUCAUAAAUUAAAACUACAUCAACAACAAAACAUGUUGCACAACAUGCAGGUGAAAGAUCAUGACUAGUUCUUCAGCUUCCACGUGUACGUGGACGUUUAGAGUGGACGAGAGGUCCCUCUGCUGGAGAACUGCGGAACUCAGAUGCGGCGCGACGCCGUUGCUAAGAGGAUUAAACCGCAACGCUGAUUGGUUUAGCUGCACAAAUGAACCAAUAGGAGGAGUUGUUAUAUUUCAAGGGUUUCAUGGAAAGCGUCUAGUUACGUGAAGUUGAGCUGAAGCUAAUAAGAUUUCGAUGACAAAUAAUGUCUUUUUUAUAUAUAUAUAAAUAUAUACACAAUAACCUAUAAACUGUUUCUCUCUUGAAACAUAGCUUUGCCACGCGAUGGUUCCGAAAUGAGCAGUCCUAACCGCGGCUUUCAUAAACCCUAAUGUCCAAUCUCUCACCGAAACGAGGAAGUUUGUUGAGGACCAUGUCAUCCAAAUUCAACUUCAGCUUUAGAAGAAGAGAGAAGAAAGAAUUUCGGAACAUAGCUCAUGGCUUGAUCCCUGCGGCCACCAUUGCCCCCAGACCUGCUGUUCCCCGCACUCCUCCCCCACGAAGCCCCAACCCCUCUCCAGAGAGACCCAGGUCUGCCUUGGCAGCUGCCAUAUUAUCCUCCUCCCUGAUGGGCCGUACUGUUGCCAUUCCUCCUCCACGCCAAAGGUCUUACUCUGAGAGUGACUGUUCACGUGCAGACAGCCAAACUGGCUUUGAGCCCUAUGCUGCCACUGCACUUUAUGCCAGAGACGCCUGGGCAGAUUCAGUGACAGGAAGACCCCCUGUGCCUUCCCCAGGACAUUCUGAUGAUGAUGAUGACAGUGAUGAGGUGGAGGGAGAUGAAGAUCAUGUAUAUCAGUCCCUUGAGAGACAGAGCAGAGCUGAUGACAUAAAUGUUGUUUACGCCAUGCCAUUAAAACACAGGAAGGGCGAGACUAAUUCAGACGUUGAUGAAGAGACCGAAGACUCUGCAUUUGAUAUUGUGUCUCCCCUACAGACUGAAGAGGAAAUUGUGGUUCAGGAAGAAGCAGCUAAAAUGCUGCCAUCAUUGCUACAACAACCAAGAUCAGGCUCUCGUGGGAGCAUGGCAUCUCCAGAGCUAAAUGAUGACUGGAGCGCUCAGUCUCACAGAUCAGGGAAUACUUCUAGAAGGAAAACCUCACGGAUGAAGGAGAGUCCAGUGAGAGGGAAAGAGAGAGACAUCAGUCCAGAGGCCAGUGAAGUGUUGCGCAGUACACUAGCGGUGCAGCAAGCACUUGUAAAGGAGCUGAGGGAGCAGACUCAAAUUCUGGCCCAGGAGAAAGAGACGCUGGAGAAGAGAUGUUUACAGCAGAGUCAGCACAUAGAGCAUCUCCGGCAGGAGCUCUGCCACUCUCACACAGAGAGAGGAAACUCCACAGGUGGGAGCCCUGAGUUACAGAAUCUGAGAGCACAGGCUCAGGAGCUGGUGGAUGAGAAUGAUGGGCUGAAGAUGACAGUUCACCGUCUCAAUGUGGAGCUCAGCAGAUACCAGGCCAGAUUCCGACCACUCACCAAGGAUGAGAAUUCUCAGAUUAAAGGCCUGCCAGUGAAAGGACCUGCGCCUCCUUGGCUGCUGGAUAUGAAAUAUUUAUCACCCCUGCUGCUGGCCUAUGAGGACCAUCUGAAUGCCAAAGACAAACUCCUCAAGUCUUGUGAGGAAGAACUACAGGGUCUGAGAGCACGUACAGAGGAGGUAAUUCAGGAAAAUGAGAAACUUCAUGCUCAAGUCAACAAAAGCAGCACUGUUAGCAAUAAAGAAUGGAGGCAUCUGCAGGAGCAGGCUCGCUUGGUGCUGGAGGAGAAUCAAGUAUUGAUAGAGCAGUUGGAAUUACAGCAUGCCAAAGCUAAAGAAGCCCACAGCAAACAUACACUGGAGGUGUGUAAAGUGUCCAAACAGCUGAUGUUGUUGGAGUCAGAGAAACAGGCACUGGAGAAAGAACUAGAGGUGGAGCGUAAAGAGCACCAUGCCCUGAAGACAGAGUUUCAGAGAGUGCGCUUGGCUCUAGAACACUCUCUGAGCUUGGCUGAACACAACACUGUGACUGACAAACUCAAAAGACAGCUGCAGGAUCAUGAGAGGUUGAAGAAUAGUGAGGUUGAAGAGCUGUUAGCUCGUGUGAGUGCGCUGGAGGCGGAGAGAAAGACUCUGCUGCUGGACAAAACCAACCUUAACACAAACAUCAAGCACAUGGAAACAGAGCUCCAGCUUUCACAGCAAGCUAACAGGAAAGCUCAGAAGCGUAUAAGUGUCCUGAAGCAACAGGUUGAAGACUCUUUAGAAAAAGAGCUCAUCGCUCAUCAGUACCUUGCCAACAUUGUCACACUUGCAGAAAGAACCACUCAUGAAAGAGACCAGCUCAUGCACAUGGUGUACAAGCAGCAGGCGUCAGCGGGUGUAUGCGCUCUGGGUCGGCGUCUGCACGAGCAGGAGGAGGACUUUGCAGGGAAAGCGGCGAAUUAUCAACGAGAGAUCCGGCACCUGCAGAGCCAACUCAGAGACAGGCAGGAACAACUGCACGGAGCUCAGCAGCAAAAGAGAGAGGUAGAAGGUGAAUUGGAGGUGGUUUGGGAAGCAGCGACUAGAGAGGUGGUGUUAGGGAGUCCAGCCACCAUGGCUCCAGCCCUACGCAGCACUUCCGGCCAGACUCCUGCCAGGAUCCCUCGUGCAGAGGAUCAUUUGUCCUGCUCGCUGCCCCCUCCCUUCACCUCUAGACAGUGCUGUCUGCCACAGCCUUUACAGCGCAGUCACAUGUUUGACUCUGACUCCGACCAGCACCAGAAUCCGUCUUCUGAUGAAAGUGACAGGAGUGGACGGGACUCCUGAUAUAUUUCCAUAUCCUCCUUAACAAGUGAUUUCAUGUUCAUGAAUUCAUUUACCUGAAUGCUUAAUAUGUUUUAUGUAAAGAAAAAGGUGUUCUUUCUCUUAACUAUGACAAAUGUGCUUUGAUGCUUUUUCUGCAUAUAUGUGUAAAACGGUGUCUAACCAUAUAAAAUUCUUGAUUGUUAAUAAUGAUUAUCCUGCAGAUGGAGACUGGUACAGCAUUUCAGAAAGCAUUUGUGACAGAGCACAACAGCAUAUGAAAUUCUAUUAGACAAGCCACAUGAUGAAUGACAAAGCAACAGAAAUCUCUCUCUUAUUCUCUCUGGGAUGAAGGUCUUGCACAAAAGAUUGCACUAAUGAUAUCCCUUUUAAUAUUCUUUAAUAAGGACAAAAUAUUGGAUGAUAUAAUUAGCAUCCUGUUUGUUAGCAUUCUAAAAAUUCUGGGCAAAAAUAUGUUGGAAUAAACAAUUACAUUAUGA